CAACAACAACAACAACAACAACAGCAGCAACAACAGCAGCAACAUCAACAACAACAACCACUGCCGCCUCGUCUACCACAACACCAUCAACUUCAACCAACACAGCAGCAUUAUUCACAAACACAUGUGCAGCUUCCAGCUUAUAAUAAUCCUAAUGGUUAUAUGAAUAACACUAAUUUACCUAGAUUACAUCAACAACCACUUUAUAGUUCAUCUCCUCAUCAACAUCACUAUACAACUGUAAAUAGACCUAAUGUGAAUACUGCUACUAAUCUACCUCCAUUACCACCACAGAAUACAACUAUUAUGAAUAAUAGUAAUAACAAUAAUACAGAUCAUCAUUAUCCUCACCAUCUACCUUCUACAUAUGAAUCUCGUAAAUUAUAUUCUUGUAAUGAACCAGGUUGUUCAGAGUAUUUUGAUCAUCCAAAUGGUCUACGAAUACAUCAAAGAACUGCUCAUAGUAAUAGACAUGGUGAAAAUGGAAAUGAUGAUCAAGCAAGAUCAACACAAAAUAGACCUUAUGUUUGCCCUUAUGCGGAAUGUGGAAAAUCAUUUACACAAUAUGGCAAUUUGAAGACACAUUCAAGAAAACAUACAGGAGAAAGGCCUUAUCAUGUAAAAGAUGACGUUUUUUUAAAUUUUUUUUUUCUUUCUUUCUUUUUACUUAUUUUCUUUUUACUAGUGUACUUAUGAAGGUUGUGAUAAAGCAUUUACUCAACUUGGAAAUUUAAAAACACACGAAAAGAUUCAUUGGCCAGUUAAACCAUUCAUGUGUGCAUUUCCUAAUUGCGGUAAAGGGUUUACUCAAAGAGGAAAUUUAAAGGUAAAAUACAUAGAGUGUCUAGAUUAUGCUUUACUGAUAAGCUUGUUAUCAUGUAUACACACUCUAUUUUUAAUAGACGCAUCAAGUUAAAGUACACCAAAUAAUGCC